GUUGUGCCUUACAUUUUAAUUGAGAAACGCCGUGGAGGAAGCUGCUGUAGAACUGGUUCUCAGUUUGUCCGGUUUUCUGGGGUUUUUGUAACAUUUUCAUCUGCCUAGUAACAUGCAAGCUCUAAGAAACCUCUUCGGGGCUCCCUGGUCCUCUGACGUCAGGCUCGAUGGCCAAACCGCGGUGAUCACAGGCGCAAACACCGGGAUAGGCAAGGAGACCGCCAUCGAUCUGGCAAAGAGAGGAGCCAGAGUGAUCUUGGCGUGUCGGGACAUGGAGAAAGCCCAGACGGCGUUGACGGAAAUCAUCAAAAGCUCCGGCAACGACAAUGUCGUCUGCAUGAAACUGGAUUUAUCAGACACCAAAUCGAUCAGAGAGUUUGCAACAAACGUCCAGCAAAAUGAGCUGAAGCUCAACCUCCUCAUCAACAAUGCGGGUGUGAUGGUUUGUCCGUAUGGGAAGACAGCCGAUGGCUUUGAGAUGCAGAUUGGAGUCAAUCACUUUGGUCACUUCCUGCUGACUUACUUGUUGAUGGACCUGAUUAAAAGUUCGGCCCCGGCCAGAAUCGUAAACGUGUCCUCCAUGGCUCAUUCCUGGGGCGCCAUCAACCUGGAGGACAUAAACAGCGAGAAAAGCUACAACAAGAGCAAAGCUUACGCUCAGAGCAAACUCGCUAACGUGCUCUUCACCCGCUCACUGGCCAAAAGACUGGAAGGCACCGGGGUGACCGCAUACUCCCUCCACCCUGGCGUCGUUCAGACGGACCUGUGGCGCCACCUGAGCGCCCCCGAGAGGUUCUUCAUGAAGAUUGCCAAACCUUUCACCAAAGACUCGGCGGAGGGAGCUCAGACCACGAUCUACUGCGCCGUGGAGCCAUCUUUAGAAAAGGAGAGCGGUGGAUAUUACAGUGGCUGCGCUGCUGCCAACUGCUCUGCUGCUGGAAAAGACGACGAGUUGGCACAGAAGCUGUGGGAGUUGAGCUGCAAGAUGCUAUCCUUGUCUUGGGACUAAAGCCUUUCAUCCCAUUUAUUUUACAAACUCAUUCCUUAACGUCUUCGUAGAAAACUACUUGUUGCGCACAGCAUUUUCCCUGCUGUUUGUACAUGUUUGUGUUAAUACAAGGUUUUACUAACUGUU